GAAUUGAUGAUACCAAUUACAAAGAAAUGAAAGCAGCAAGCAAAUAUAGAUAGACAUUAUAUAAAUGGAUGAAUGAAUGAAUGAAUAAUAAGUCAAAGAGUGAGAGAGAGAGAGAGAGAGAGAUGUAAGUACGUGUAUGGGUUAGAGAAGCCCCCGCCCUUUUCUUUGCUACAUUUUCUCUCCUUUCUCUCGGAUCACUCUCCCAUGGACCCUCCUUUCUCUCUUUCUGAUGAUCUCUGAUCUUUGAUCUCUUCUCUCUUCUCUUCUAUUCUAUUCUCUUCUGGUUUUGUUGUUCCCUGCAAAACUAAAACCAAAACAGAAACGGAAAUAAAAUAAUAUAAAAAUAAUAAUAAUAAUAAUAAAAAUAGAGGCAAUCAGCUUUAGCUAUAGAUUUAGUUUUGUUGAUCUCAUCGCUGGGGCUCAGGUAAUUAAUAGCAAAUAUUAAUAUUAUUAAUAAUAAUGGAUGACCGAAUAGAAGACGACGACAGAGAAGCUCUGGCGGGGUUAAGCUCCUCCGCCCAUCCACCACGCAAAUCCCUCUCUUACACCCACCAACUACGUGGGUCGUCCGCCCACAAGCGCCACAACCAGGUCCGCAAGCACAGCCUGGACGACGCCCAGAUUAAUCCCAGGAACAACAACAAUGGUAAUAACAGCAACAUUAACAAUAGCAACAACAACAACGCCGAUCGGUACUGCUCGUCUUCCGACGAUGAUGAAUUCUUUCCCUACUCCUGCAACUCUGCCCCUGCUUCCGGCGAUCACGAGGAGGACUACCUGUCUCAGAGGAUCGACCAGGGCCUUAGCAUGGACGUGGUGGGUUCUGCGGACCAAUGUCAACCUCUUCCGGAGUUCAUCGGCAGCGGCGGCGGCACCGGCAUCUUCAAGGUGCCAACCCGCGCGGCAGUGCAUCCAGGACGGCCACCGUGCUUGGAGCUGAGACCCCAUCCGUUAAGGGAGACGCAGGUGGGGAAAUUCCUGAGGAACAUCGCAUGCACGGAGACGCAGUUGUGGGCAGGUCAGGAGUCGGGGGUGCGAGUGUGGAACUUGCAGGAAGGGUAUGAGCCAGGAAGUGGGCUGGGAGGGAGAGUGAUGAGAGGAGAUGAAGACGCUGCUCCAUUCCAUGAAUCCGCAAACACCCCUCCCGUCAUGUCCUUGAUGAUUGAUGAUGGCAAUCGCCUCGUUUGGACUGGCCAUAAGGAUGGCAAGAUUCGCUCUUGGCGGAUGGAUAAGCCUCUUUCUCUUUCUCUUUCUGACCAUUCUCCUUUCAAGGAAGGUCUUUCAUGGCAGGCCCAUCGCACUCCUGUUCUUGCCAUCACUAUGACCUCUCAUGGUGAUCUAUGGUCUGGUUCUGAAGGUGGCAUUAUUAAGAUCUGGCCUUGGGAAUCCAUUGAAAAAUCUCUCUCUCUCAAAUCCGAGGAAAGAUAUAUGGCUGCUUUACUGGUGGAGAGAUCUUACAUUGACCUUAGGAACAAAGUCACUGUUAACGGUGUUUGUAGCAUUUCUUCUCAAGAUGUUAAGUGCUUAUUAUCCGAUCAUGGUAGAGCUAAAGUUUGGUGUGCUAGUGCUCUGUCCUUCUCAUUGUGGGAUUCUCGUACGAGGGAGCUUGUUAAAGUGUUUAAUAUAGAAGGACAGAUAGAGAAUCGAGUGGACAUGUCAUCGGUCCAGCAAGAUCAGGUUGCAGUGGAAGAUGAGAUGAAGGUCAAAUUUGUUUCCACAUCAAAGAAGGAGAAAUCCCAGGGCUUUCUACAGAGAUCAAGGAACGCUAUUAUGGGAGCUGCAGACGCUGUUCGUAGAGUUGCAACUAGAGGAGCAGGGGCAUUUGUAGAAGAUAAUACCAAGAGGACUGAAGCUCUGGUGCUUGCAGCAGAUGGCAUGAUAUGGAGUGGAUGUACUAAUGGCUUACUAAUUCAGUGGGAUGGGAAUGGGAACCGAGUUCAAGAUUUCAAUCCCCAUCCUUGUGCCGUUCAAUGCUUUUGUACAUUUGGAACACGAAUUUAUAUUGGCUACGUGAGUGGGAUUGUUCAGGUAAUGGAUCUGGAUGGAACGCUGAUUGCAGGAUGGGUUGCUCAUAGUAGUCCUGUGAUAAAGUUGGCAGUAGGAACUAACUAUGUUUUUAGCCUGGCUACUCACGGUGGUAUACGUGGAUGGAACAUAACAUCUCCAGGACCCAUUGAUAACAUAUUACGAGCAGAAUUGGCUGGAAGAGAGAAGACAUAUACCAGAAGAAACAAUGUCAGAAUUUUGAUUGGAACGUGGAAUGUUGGUCAAGGAAGAGCCUCCCAUGAUGCACUUAUGUCUUGGUUGGGUUCUGCUGUGCCAGAUGUUGGCAUUGUUGUUAUAGGGUUGCAAGAAGUAGAAAUGGGCGCAGGCUUUCUUGCCAUGUCUGCGGCUAAAGAAACUGUAGGACUUGAAGGGAGUUCUGUUGGACACUGGUGGCUGGACAAUAUAGGGAAGGCCUUAGAAGAAGGAAAAACUUUUGAACGUAUGGGUUCAAGGCAGCUAGCAGGCUUGCUCAUAUCUCUUUGGGUAAGAAAGAAUCUUAGGACACAUGUUGGAGAUAUUGAUGCUGGAGCAGUUCCAUGCGGCUUUGGUCGUGCUAUUGGUAAUAAGGGAGGUGUAGGUUUGAGAAUUAGAGUGUUUGAUCGUAUAAUGUGCUUUGUGAACUGUCAUUUGGCUGCACAUUUGGAAGCUGUGAAUCGCAGAAAUGCUGAUUUCGAUCACAUUUAUCGAAGCAUGGUGUUCAACAGAUCUUCAACACUACUUAACAAUGCGGCUGGUAUGGUGCGAUUCCUGUUUUUGUGUUGCUCUCUUGUCUUGUCCACGUAUUUAUUAUGGCUGCUUUAUUCUUCUGGCUUGCCAUUGGUCCUCUCUGUUGCAGCUGGUGUCUCAACUUCUGUUCAGAUGACUCGUGGCGCAAAUGCUAUGGGAGGCAACUCUGAAGAUCCAAGGCCUGAAUUAACUGACGCAGACAUGGUAGUGUUCUUUGGUGAUUUCAAUUACCGCCUUUUUGGCAUAUCAUAUGAUGAAGCAAGGGACUUUGUUUCGCAAAGAUGCUUUGAUUGGCUGAGAGAAAAGGACCAGCUCAGGGCAGAGAUGAAAGCUGGCAGAGUUUUUCAAGGAAUGCGUGAGGCCCUCAUCAAAUUCCCUCCCACUUACAAGUUUGAAAGGCACCAACCUGGUUUGGGAGGAUAUGAUUCUGGCGAGAAAAAACGAAUUCCAGCAUGGUGUGACAGAAUAAUAUAUCGAGACAACCGGUCGGGACCAGUGGCAGAGUGCAGCUUGGAAUGCCCUGUAGUCUCAUCAAUAUUACAGUACGAGGCACGCAUGGAUGUGACUGACAGUGAUCAUAAACCUGUGAGGUGCAAAUUCAGUGUUCAAAUUUGCUAUGUUGAUAGAUCAGUGAGGAGAAAGGAAUUUGGGGAAAUUUUCACAGGCAAUGAGACAAUACAGUCUCUGCUGAAAGAUUCAUAUUAUGUUCCAGAAACCAUUGUCAACACGGACAACAUAAUGCUUCAAAAUCAGGACACAUUCAGUCUCCGCAUCACAAAUAAAUGUUCCAAGGAUAUUGCUAUAUUUAAAAUCAUCUGUCAAGGUCAGUCCACUAUCAAGGAUGGCGAAGACCGUGAAUAUCAUCCAAGAGGUUGCUUUGGCUUUCCUCGAUGGCUUGAGGUGACACCAGCAGCGGGCAUGAUAAAACCAGAACAUUAUGCAGAGGUUUCAGUGCAUCAUGAAGAAUCUCAUACCCUGGAAGAGUUUGUUGAUGGCAUCCCACAGAACUGGUGGUGUGAGGACACCAGAGACAAGGAAGUGAUAUUGAUGGUGAAUGUCCAAGGUUGUUCCUCCACCCAAUCUUACAGUCACAGAAUCCAUGUGCGUCAUUCCUUCUCAGGCAAGACUCUCCGUGUUGACUCUGCCACCAACAACUCAAGGAAAAACAAUCACCACCCCACCGAAGUUCGUCAUUCCAGCUAUUCCUCUGACACCGAGAAACCCGUGAAGCAAGAAACUAGGAGCACUGAUAGUUUAAGGUAGAUGGGAGUGUCAUCUGGCUCCAAGCUGCAUUUUCCUCCAACAACUUUUGAUGUAUGUAUAUAUGCCAAGGAAUCCUGGUUGCCAUUUCAGUAGCUUCACUCAUAACUUUUGCACUUUCAACCAUCUUUGCUGUGGUAUUCUACAUGGCCAUAGAAUGAAAAUGUAACAAACCAGCUUUUUAUGAGCACGUUGGCUUUUCUAAACCAAAAAAGAAAAACGGUUCUAGGGAUCACCUAACCCCAAAGAGAAAACGAGUCUGCAGUUUCUCUAAACGUGUAAGCGUAUAGCAAUAAUUAUACUAUAUUUAUUUUUUUGAA